AUGGAUUUUUUUUGUCGGUUUGAUUAUGAAAAGACUCGGUCGAGCCAACCACUAGGCAGCCUUCGAAAUGUCCUCAAUGUCUCCGCAAAGUUUUUCUCUGAGCUGGGCAAAGAGGCCGACCAUGAUGGGGAGGAAAGAGCCGACGAUCAUAAGGCUUCAAUCGAGGUUAACAACAUGUACACUUCCAUAUCACCCUCCGGAAUACCGCCACCCGGAGAU